AUGGCCCGGAGAUAGCAUCCGUAGCCUCGUUUCCAGCUGGCUCCUCGAUCUGCACAGAUUAUGUCAGCUCCUUGGGUAUACAGCACACUAACAAAGAGUCAACCAGAGACGCCUCGUCUAACAUGCCGGCAACAGUCACUUCGAUUUCUUUAUGCACUAGCCCUACCAACUCCUCAGCAGGCAUGACUACCGCUGCUUCUACCUGGGGCUCAUUUUCAUCUGGUCUCUUUACAACACCCUCUUUUAACUCUGCAGUCGCUUCUACCACAUUCUCCACAGCUCAUACUGUCGCAUCCGGCACAUCUGGUUGUGUUGGAGGCCUCAUUAGUGGGUCGAAUGGAAAUACUAUUAAUGUGAUUGCUGGGGUUGGGAAGGCCAGCUCGGGAACCGGAAUUUCCACUAGCAUGGCUUCUAGCGGAGCUAUUGGGUCUGGAGGAGGGCUUGGGAGUUCUAACACCUCGACAAUGAGAAGUAAGUAUUAUCCCGAAUUUAUGACGUUUUAA